AUGUGGUGGAUCUUGCGAUCGGUACAAGCUCGGAAUGUUCGCAGCGCUUUGAAUAUAUGGCACGCCGUAUUUUUCAAGAAAGACGGCCAUCUCUACUCCUUCGCCGAGUUGUGGGAUCUACGUCACUUUUUGGACAAAUGGCAAGAUGGUUCCAAUGGCUUCUACACGAUAGCUGUUAUGAUUCGCGGAUCUUCGAUUCGGCGCUAA